GAAACAGCUCCUGAAGACAAAGGCACUCCCAUUACGGAAGAGGGCGGAGCUUCAUACAUUAACAGCAUCAGCUUGUCCGGUGUUGUGUGCAGAGUCGAGAGAUAAUCGCGCAUUAAACAAGAUGAAUUAUCCGGGAUACGGUGCACCAGCUCCUGGAGGGUUUGGAGGUGGAUUCCCAGGACAACAGCAGCAGGACCCUCUUUAUGGAUACUUUACUGCAGUUGCUGGUCAAGAUGGUCAGAUAUCUGCUGAAGAACUUCAGACUUGUCUGACUCAGGCCAACUUUUCUGGUGGCUACAGACCUUUCAACAUUGAGACGUGUAGACUGAUGAUCAGCAUGCUUGAUAAAGACAUGUCUUGCUCAAUGGGUUUUAAUGAGUUUAAGGAGUUGUGGAUGGUGCUGAGUGGAUGGAGGCAACACUUUAUGAGCAUUGACAGAGACAUGAGCGGCACAGUUGACUCGCAAGAAAUGAAUCAGGCUGUCACCUCUAUGGGCUACAGGUUGAGUCCUCAGGCCAUGAACUGCAUAAUUAAGCGUUUCAGCUCUCAUGGAAAGAUCGCAUUUGAUGAUUAUGUUGCAUGCUGUGUCAAACUGAGGAGCUUGACUGAUCUGUUCAGGAAGAGAGACCAGGCUCAACAGGGAAUGGCAACAUUUCAGUAUGAUGAUUUUAUCCAGUCCACCAUGAGCAUCUGAAUGAAGACUCUGGGUUCCUGCUAUCCAUAAAAACCCAUAACGCGUCAAAAUGUUGUUUUUUUACUAAUUUGUUUCCUCAUUUUGUGGAAAUCGUGAGCACAUUUUUGUAGGUUAAGCAAUUUCAUCCACAGCUGCAGUUAUGGACAUGGAAACUUAAACCCUAAUCCUCGGUUCGGGCCAAAUGUGGACAAAUCGUAAAACCAAUUUUUUAUACAAAUGGCUUUAUACUGUUUAUACACUGCUUAUUUGAACAAUUUAAAUAUAUAAUAACAUUUUAUAAUUUCUGAAAUUGUACUAGAUAAAUUAGAAUAUCAGUCUACUCAAAAGCAGUUAAAUUUCCAUUUACCAAAACAAGUGGCAAAGUCAUAAAAUGUGCUCACAAUUUACCUUACACUCAGAUAUAUUUGAUAGAAGUCAACACAGGCUGCUAUGAUGUAUGUAUGUUAUAUGGAAAUCAUUUCUUAUAUCACCUUUGUCUUACAAUUUCACCACAAGCUAGUACAAAUACUCUAAAACGAAAAAAUAUGAUCAUUUUUGUUUAAGACUACACAUAGCCGGACUUCACUGUUAAAACAGUAUGUCAGCGUGGAACAGAGCUCCAUCUCAUUUCAUAUUAUAACGCUUUCAAAGUGGUUAUUUAGCACUGUCAACAUCAGAAUUUUAUUUUGUUUAAUUUUAGACUUCCUGUAAUUCUCUGUGUUUCUCCUGUUGCUAGGUUUGACCAAAAAUGUGAACACCAUGAAAAUAGCUGAGGUUUCUAUAUUUAAUAAGGUGUUAGACCACUGUAUGCCUUUAAUGCAGCUGCAGACCUUACAAUAGAUUCAUAUAUCUUUUGAAAAGUGUCCAGUCAAAUGUUGUACCAUUCAUCUAUCAGAUCAAGAGAGAUUGGAGAUCUAGAAGCACUUGUUUUGGCAUGCGCCCUAUAUGAUAUAAACGAUCAGUUUGUUUUUCAUAGCAGCUACACAAAUAAUUCAUAUAACCAAUGGGGGUUUGCACAUUUAUUUUGCUAACUCUUGUAUCUUAUUUCUGUAACACUUUACAAUAAAGUUGUGUUUGUUAACAUUAGUAAAUACAUUAGCUAACAUGAACUAACAAUGAACAAUUGACAAUGACUAAUGUUAGCAGUUACAACUUUUCAUUAAGCGUUACCAUUAUUUCUAAUUUAGCACAAUAUGUGUUUUAAUAUCUUAGUAAUGUAGUUAUUGGGUGUGUUUUUCCUUUUUGUUUUAAUAUAGGAAAAAUGAUUUAGCAUCAUGUUCAGGGUCCCAGAUCAACAAUAGAAUAAUUCAAGCUCAUUUACAGUCAUGUUCAUUAAUGUGCAUUGUUCCUGUAAAUAAAGAAAUCAAAAUGUG